AUGUCGCACUUCAGAGCGAAGACAUUAGACCUUGGCGGCUUCAUCAACGCCCGCAUCAUUCGCGACCACACCAAGCGCAAGGUCUUCGAGCAGUACGAGCCUGAACGACAAGCUCUCCGCUACAUCAUCCGCAACACGACUCUUCCUCAGCGUGUCCGUGCCCAGGCCCAAUUGCAGCUCUCCCAGAUGCAUGCCUACACUCGCCCUACACAGAUCAAGAACCGAUGCGUUGCAGGUGGUAUCGCCAGGAGUGUGAUACGGGACUUUAGAAUUGCAAGAUACCAAUUCCGCACACAGGCUUUGGCUGGUGAGCUGCCAGGCGUUAAGAAGGCGAGUUGGUAAAUGUUUUAUAAAUACUGGGUUGAAAUUGGUUUGGCAAUGUUUGGCUAGCUGGCUUGCACGAAAGGCGUUUGUUCUACUACAUACCUCCCGACGGAUUGUACAAUAAAUUAGAAGGGGUUUGAAUUGAAUCCCCUAUUAACAGAAAUCAUCCUUGAUUCAGUCAGUUGCUCUUUCCAAUUUUUCUUCAACCUCUCCGGUAAGUAUGGGGUGUUUUCAGCCUGAUGGUAGGGCCUCAAGGAAUGGAAAUUGGUUGAAUAUCUCACCCAUUGAACAGAUAAAUGGAAGAAUCUCUUGUGAAGAAUAAAUAGCCUUCGAUUCGUCAAUAUUCAUUCACUCUAGUUGCAAACCCAUGAAAUUUCUUGUUUGCAGUUUUCUCCU